GAGCCUUUGAAGGUAUCGACAAAAUGAUAUCUCGCAGAGUGCAGACAACAGCUAUUGGUUAUAAUGCCAUCAAAACGGGUAAUGAACUAGACCGUGCCAACCUCUUGCAAUAUGUAAAUGCACAAGACUUACGCAGCUUCGGUUUGAUACCCGAAUUACUUGGUCGAUUACCCAUAGUUACCUACCUCAACCCACUGGAUAAAGAUGCACUUAAACGCAUACUUACCGAGCCCAAAAAUGCCCUUAUUAAGCAAUAUACGCGACUCUUUGAACUAGAGGAUAUAGCACUU